GCCAGAUUACCGUCCCGCACGGCAUCGCAAACUUCCGACCUUUCGAUUGUCGAUAAUUGCAGCCCGUAUAAAUCACCGCCAGUUGUCGCGCGGUGUUGACUUGUUCGGUCGCCUGCUACAUCGAACGCCAGAGUCUCUCCUUGGGGCGUCUCUUACUUUCCAAUUCCCCCCAAACACCUCCACGUCUCGACUUCGCAUACCCCAUCGACGCCCAGCGGGAGUCGCCGCCCUACAGCUACCAUGGCGACCUUCACCCAGGUCGUCGAGGCCAUCAUGACGCCUUCCCUACCUACAAUCAUCAUAGGGGUGCUCAUCAUCCUCGGCAUGCCAAUCCUCCUCCACGUCAUCCUCUCCUCGUCGCGCACGUACACGAUCCCGCCCACCAUCCUGCUCGUCGGCCCCUCCAACGCCGGCAAGACGUCACUCCAGACGCUCUUCGAACGCGGCUCCUCCGACACCGAGACCCAUACCUCGCAGGUCCCGCAGUCGGUCGAGCUGAUGGCUUCGACCGACUCGGCCACCAAGGAGGACUUCCGCAACCACGAGGCCACCGAUGGCACCUACACCAAGUUCCUCCUCGUCGACACCCCCGGCCACGGCAAGCUGCGCAACUCCGCCAUGGGCAAGCUGAACAGCACCGAGAAGCUCCAGGCCGUUGUCUUCAUGGUUGACGCCGCAGCGCUCGGCGAGCAGGAGACGCUCGCACCCACAGCUGCCUACCUUUACGAUGUCCUCCUCUUCGUCCAGAAGCGUGCUACCACCAGCGCAAAGACCAAGGCCGCCAUUCCGAUUUUGAUCGCCGCCAACAAGAUGGAUCUCUUCACCGCGCUCCCGUCAACCCUCGUCAAGUCCAACCUCGAGGCCGAGCUCACACGGAUCCGCGCCUCCAAGAGCAAGGGACUAUUGGACUCGGGCGUGGGAACCGACGAGAUUGGCUCCGAGGAGCAAGAUUCGUGGCUGGGAGAGUAUGGUUCGGCCAAGUUCACCUUCAGCCAGCUCCGAGAGUUCGAUAUCGAUGUCGAUGUCGUUCCUGGCAAUGUCACCGGCGACGGCCCCGGUGCAGGCAAGUGGUGGUGGUGGAUUGCCCAGAAGGUAUAAAACUAGUGGCAUCUUUGGUGCGAUUCACGUCGAGCAGCAUUUUGUAGUGGAUGACACUUCAAUAUUAAUUAUAACA